GAUAUGAAAAGGAAUAUUAAUACGUUGUAUUGAAUUAUUCAAAAGAGAUUAAUUGUUAUGAUAAAACGUUGAGAAGAGUUAAAUGAUGUCACUUAUUGGCGUAAAUAUAGAAUUAAUCAAUAUGUGACAAUGGGAGAUUUUCACUUCAGUGUAGUAUAUGGAGAAUUAUCGGCCUAGCGAACAGUCAUAGUGUGUGUGUGUGUGUGUGCAUGCAUGAUAGAAACAGCUAUGUGUAUAUAGGUAAUGUUAGGCUCUCCACUGUAACUGAACAGUCAGUCUUACACUGGGAAUUAAAAGUAUUGGUUAUUUACUCCGACGUUAUAAAUUCUGAUAGUGUUGAUUUAACUGUUACUAGUAUAAUCUUUGUGUGUUUUGAACAUCUUUGGGAGUAAAAAAACCUGUUACCGCCUUUAUCAUGGGUUUAAAGUCUGAGAAAAUUGGAUUUGUCGAACUGCUUGUGUCAUAUGCCAAUCCCACAGAAUAAGGAAAGAAAUUGGAAAAAAGGCAGCACAAUGGAAUACACCAUGGACUGGCUGUCUAAUGAUGUCUGCGAAGGCUUCGCUAAUGUAGACAUCAGCUGUACGAAUUCUUAUUCUAGCACCAUGUAUAAGCCAAACAACAUGUCGCCAGUAUAUGACGAGGCGGGGAAAAUAUAUCAGGGUGUCAACUAUGGCAGUCGUGGAGGUCAGGAUGCCAGUGUGACAUCCAACGGAAUGAAUAUGAAUGGGGUCGUAGAUAUACCAGAUGGAAGUAACAGUGUCAUACCUAGUGGAAGAAAUAACGGUAUAUUACAUGAUGGAAAUAUGAACGGCAUCAUGCCUAAAAAUGGAAAAAUCAAUGAAAACAUGUGUUUAAUGAACGGAAAUAUGUACAGUCAGGAGCAAUGGGGAAGUACAACUACUCAAAGUAAGAAAUAUUGCAGGGAGGAUCUAAAGCCGACCAUAGAAAUGUUGAACGGCAACGUCAACAUGGCCGACAGCUCAACGUCAGACACAUCAUUAUACAUGGAAAAUUACAGCGCAAAAAAGCGUGAGCAGAAAAGACGCCCAAAACCAAAAGAUGGCACAGUUCUUCUCUGCCAAAUUUGCGGCGACCGAGCCCUCGGCUACAAUUUUGAUGCCAUUACCUGUGAAUCUUGCAAGGCAUUUUUCAGACGCAAUGCUAUUAAAACAAAGGUAUUUACAUGCAGUUUUGAGGGGAAUUGUAAACUGGACCCCCAUACGCGGAAGUUCUGUUCUGGCUGCCGACUGAAGAAAUGUGUUGAUGUUGGCAUGAAGAAGGAAUGGAUACUCAGCGAUGACCAGUUGGCCAAACGACGAAAGAAGAGUGAGCACUCACCCUCGUCAUCUGAUGAUCGGCAGUUUCUCUCCCCAACAGAUCCCCAUAUGACCUUGCCACCUCAUUUGGGCGGGGCCCCACCCCCCAUGGGGUACCCCCCACCACACAAGAUUGACCUCUAUUCCCCAACAGGUAGCAGCAGCGAUGGGGAAAUCAAUUCUACGAGCUACAUGUCUGACUCAACAGAAAACAGCAGCCUAAGCAGUCCCCAAGCUGCUCCCUACCUCAGUUUUUCGCCGUCGAUGGUAAAAAAGGAACACAACGAAGAGAGCUACACAUUUCGUCCAGUACCUCCAGAAAUCGUGCUCGAAAUCCAGAAACUUGAGAUGGAGUACCGGUCUGUCUUUGAUGCGGGUUAUUCAGUUGAUCAGGCUAAGAAAAUGGUUGAAAAGCCGCACAAUGCGAAUGACUUAUUUAAUAUGACGGACAUAUUCAUACGCCGGCUUAUAAAGUUUGCUAAACAUAUACCCGAGUUCAAGGAGUUAAAACAAGAGGAUCAGAUCUUCUUAUUAAAGGGUGGCAUAAUGGAAAUCAUGGUUCUGAGAUCUGCGAUGGGGUUUGAUCCACAGAACCUUAAGUGGAAGCUUAAAGCGCAGCAGAGCAUAAAGGAAGACGAACACAAAAUCGAUCCAUCAAUUAUUCGGGAACAUCUUGGUGCAUCAAUGUACCAGGAUCAUGUGCAGUUUGUGCGGGGAUUACACAUGCUGACUAGAAGUGACCGAACUGUAAUGACACUCAUGUUCGUGAUCGAAAUUUUCUCUCCAGAUCGGGCUAACUUGAAAAACAUUGAAGCAGUGACAAAAGCACAAGAAAAGUACACGACCUGGCUCCAGCACUAUUUGGAAUCGAUAAUGUCAGUACAGGAGGCUCAGGAUUUGUACCCCAAACUACUCAUGAAAAUGCUGGAAGUGCGCAAUCUUGGUGAAUCAAGUGCCAAAUUGGCGUCAAAUUUAGACAUUUCAAAGCUGGAGCCACUGCUUAUAGAAGUUUUCAGUUUGCAGAAAUGAGAUGAUUCAUGACUCCAAACUUGACAAAGUGUGCUUGAUUGAAAACAUGAUCUCCAGGUUAUAAAUUUAUAGAUAGGACAAGGAAUUGGGUCAAGGAGAAUAGAAUUAACAACAUGCAGACACUGUCAGCUUGCAUUGGAUUUGUAGCAUAAUGCAUAAUGCUCUUAAAAUGAAAAAUGGCAUUUUAUUGACACAGAUUUUGAGAUGUUAGUUUACCUCAUAUGUAUGUGAAUCCUGUUAAACAUGUUUAUAUAUUCUGUGGUUAUGUGGUUUAUUCAUGGCCCAUUAUCAAUCCUUGAAUGCAUGAUUAAUGUUAUCUACUUAUUGUUAUCAAAAAUGGCAUACAUGUUGGCUUAGAUUGUAUAACUGCUUCAGCAUUGUUUAAUGAUUUGUAUGACAUUACAUGCGUAAUGAUUUGUACUACAUUACAUGCGCUGCCUUUGAACCUUUGUUAAGAAUGUUGUUUAUUAUAUUUCAAGCUGUUGCUGUUAUUUUAGUUUUAUAGAAAUCGAAGUUAUAUUUCUGCCACAGAAGUUCUGUAAGAUGAUUUUGACCUAGAAAGUUUAUGCAUUAUGUUCUGAGGAAAAUUGGUCAAAACAAUCAUUUUGAAUGCAUCAUGUCACCAAAAUAGAAUAACAGUCCAAAAUCAAUGCCUUUCAUUUUGUUAUUUUGCAGGGAAUUACACCCAAAUGUCUGUAAACAUAAAUAUGAUUUUCUCAACCAAUCAGAAAAAAGAUAUUAUUUUCUCCAAAAUAAUGCAACAUUGGACCAUUAUGAUGAUGUUUAGCUGUCUGCUUCUCUAUGCAGUUAUAUUUGUUAGGAAUUUAGGCAUUAUCCCAAGUGCUUUUACUUGAAAAUGCUCCAUUUUAUUGCAGAAGGCAACAUUAACUUGUGUACCUGCAUGAAGAUAAAACACAUUUGCAACCACACUUCGGCAAAAUGUCAUGCACGUUCUUGGUUCAUAUAUAUCUUUGCUGUGUAGGAUCAUGCAAGUUUUCUAUUUAUAUUAUUAGGUCGGUAGCCUUAAGUUACUAUUUCGAUGAAAACAUAAUUCAUCAUUUACAUUCCUAUUUCGUUUAUAAUACAUAUACUUGAUCUAGAAAUCAUUAACAGCAAAGCCUCUGUCAAAUUUCUUAAAGUUGACCUAUUUGUCUUUUUCAAGUCAUCGGUAUGGUUUUGUUUAAACACAAAGUGAAGUAGGGCAUGUACCAGGAAUAAAGCUACUUAUACUUUCUCCAGACUUACCCUUAUUGAACAUUGUUUAUUUCAUAGUAAGAUGUUUGUUUGGAUCAUUUGCUAUAUCAUUUAUAUGGCUUUUCAGGACAAAAUGUAUUUAAUUUGGUAAGAUGAUAAUCUCCAAAUGUAUUUGGGGUGGAUGGAAAAAUUCUGACCAAAGGGCACAUGUGGAAUCGGGUAACGAGGCUUGCAGAUUUACAAGCAACACAGCGUGUCAGAAGGUUAGAUUUUUUCAUCCACCGUUUUGAGGUUUUCAUUGAAUAACAUUUUUGUUGAUGUACUGACGGUUCUGACUCUUCUUUUCUAAAUUGUUCUAUUUUUAAUUUAGUACCAUUAUCCAUUAAAAUAUUCUGAAAUGGCGUUAAGUUGCACAUGAAUCGUCCUACCUGGGGUAAAAUUCAAGGCCAGAUAAAAACUGGGAAAUGCAUGUCCGUCAUGCAAGAAAAGAUAUUCUAAUUUGGGAAUUUAUUAUGCAUUAAGUGUUAUAGUCCAUUAAACUAAGAAGUAAGGUACAAUAAAUAGCAAAUGAACACAGUUCAUUGCAGAGGGGUUAAUACCUUGUAAAGCUUUAAUGACUAUGAUAUAGAGUUAUUUGGGAUGAAUCUGAAACCAUGUCGGCUACACUAGGACAUUUAUGUGUGACAGAAAUAUAGGGUCAUAAUUCUGUCUUACAUUAUUUUCCUAUCAAAGUUUGUCUGCCUGAUUUCAGAAUUUUAUAUAUAUGUGACUUGCAGUUCAAUAGGAUUGCCUGUCAGUUCAAUAGUUUUAUUCUUAAAACUUUUAAUAUAGAGCCCAUAAAUUCCAUUAAAUAAUACAAUUAUGAUGUUUUUACUGGGGUACAUGUAUAAUGUCUUAGAGAACAUUUUAAAAUCAUACAGAUAUAAUUAGAUUGAAAGAAAUCUCAAGAGAGCUAUUUUUUAAUCUGAUUUUAUCAUUCAGAAGCCACUGCAUAUAUGUAAAUUCAUAUACAACCCGUAAUUAUAACAUUUUAUGUAUAUAAAUAUAUAUACAUAUUUAUUGUCAUCACUCUCACCGGUGAAUAAUUUUCUCUCAUUUCAUGGAAAUGUUUGGAAUAAGUACUUCAUGUACUUUAUGUACUUCACCUGUAAAAGUAUAUUUUCCUUUAGUUUGACCUGCUUUCAAAGUUUAAUUGUAUAUUAAUAUGACCUUAGGUGAAUACAUAUUUUUGAAAAAUAAAUUGAUACGUAGAUUUACUUAGUUGUUUAAUGUAAUUUGUGAAAUGAGUAUAAGGCCUAAGGCAGUGUAAGAUUUCAACUUCAUAAGUUACAUUUCACAAGUGGCUUUUGGCGUUUACAAGGUGCUGUAUACUGCAAUUUAUAUCAAAGGAGGAAAAUGACUUACAGACACAGCUGAACCUAAAACUAACAAUCUGACCUACAAACAUGUACAUGUACCCUGGGGUAUUUCCUAGCAGUGAACUCAGAAACUAUUUUUGUUGGCCUAAUUAGAUGAUGUUUUAUUGUUUUUUAUUCUUGAUCUGUGUGUGAUUUUCUGUAGCAGAAGUGUCUGAUUUUAGGGCUGUUCCAGGAACUGAAAGAUAAUUUUGAUGACUAAUUUUACUUCUUAUCAAUCCAUGUUAGUGUGAAGGGUUUUAUUGUAUGGUAUGUUAUACAGUUCGAACCCUUAUGAUUUGCUUGUCAUUGUUUUAAUAGCAAUGAUAAAUAGUGUUCUGUUUGUUCUGACGAAACAUUGUUAACUCAUGUAUUAUUUGAGAAAUUGAAUAUGUUCACAUGUAAAUAUACAUUCUGUUGCAGAAAUAAGUAAUAUGCUGAUUUUCUUUGGUAUCUUGUUGAAUAUUAUGUAUGAAAUCAUGGUAUAAACUGAGUUUUUGUCUGUUAAGUCAGGUAGUAUAGUAGGAUAGUGGUUUGUGAGUACAAGCUCUACCCUGCAUGUCACAUACAUGUAAAAUACAAUACCCUAGUGGCCAUAAUCAUCUCACAUUCCUCCCAUGCAUGGACCAUGUUUUGACAUAAGUAGCAGUAUUUUCUUAAUUUUCAAUCUAAGUUUUCAUCAUUUAUUACUUCAGAAACUCUUAGAAUUGUAUAUAAAUUACAAUGUAUAAAAUUAGCAUUGCCUUAGAAAAGUACAGUCUGUCCAUGUGAUUAGGCCAUUUCUGAAAGUUGAAUAAAGAACGAAAAAUUGAUAGCUUAUAUGCCACUCAUUUACAAAUUUUACAUGAUUGCUUAAAAAAGAUGACAAAAAAAAUAUCAUAUAAACAAGAAUUAGGUGAGGUAUUUUGAUGAUUCAUGUUCUGACUGAAAAAAGAGAGAAAUACUAUUUGCACUACAUUUGUAGAUGUGUAGGAAAAAUCCUCUUAUUAUCUAAAGGGCUUAUGAUAAUUUAUGAUCAGCAAUUUUAUUUGAAAUUCAUAGAUUACAGGUAAAUUUGGCAAUAAACCAUUUUGAUGCUUUCAUGGUUAACUUAAAAAUCCUCUCAUACAAACAAGAGGAUUUGCUGUAAUAAUAUUAAUGCUUGUUAUGGUGAAUAUAGCGCUACUAAAUAGGUUCAAGCAUGAAUGUAAAAAAUCAGAAAUCAAACCUGCCCGGUUUUUACAUGAAUGCCAUUGCCUUAUAAGAUCAUGAUAGAGUGAAUUAAAUCAACUUUUUACACCAUGAAAUGGCCGCUACGCCUAAAUGCAUUUUAAUCUACUCAAUGAAAUUUUGUCAAUAUACGGAAACUGGAAAGGCUAAAACAUUUACAGACUUGCAUAAUAUUAACUUAUAUCCAUUCCUAUCAUCUUUUUCUGUCACUUUUUGUGACAAAACAUUCAAAUAAGCUAAUAAACUCUAAGAUAUUUCCCAGAAUUUGUCGUAAACGUGGUAGCGAUUUUACUGGUACUGUUGCACGGGCAAAACAGGGCUUAUUUUUUCCCUGGAGCAUUAGCAUUAAGUAUUCAGUGUAAGCUAGCAUAAUGUAUUUCAACACAAUCUCCAGUUGUUGUUUUUAAUUCCACUGCAGGCUUUUUUAUGACUUGGUAACAGAAGUUUCUCUGUACAGCUUAUUGUCUCAUAAUAAAUUUGGUAUGUGAAGCACGAAGCAAUUUUCAGCAUAAUAAUUCUACUACAUUUCAUGCAUUUUUCUGGUAUCUCUGUUCACGUCUUGUUACACAUUGCAUUGUCUUUAUUUACUUCAAUAUUUUAUGUUGUACAUGAGUUUGAGAGAAUAAACAUGAUGACUUGACUUGUGAAUGCAUUUUACUACUUUAAAAGUAAGUUCUUUCCUUGUGUGUUGAGCGCAGUUCAAUACAUAUUUUAAAGAAUCUUUUUUGAUAUGUUAUUAAAAAAAAUAUUACUUGUGGAAGUUAUGUGUGAUGUAAGCGAGUAAGAAGAUGCUGUUUGUGAUGAAAAAGAGUUAGAUGUGAUGUUAUGUGUGAUGUAAAAGAGUUAGAUGUGAUGUAUGUGUGAUGUAAAAGAGUAAGAUGUGAUGUUAUGUGUGAUGUAAAAGAGUUAGAUGUGAUGUUAUGUGUGAUGUAAAAGAGUUAGAUGUGAUGGUAUGUGUGAUGUAAAAGAGUUAGAUGUGAUAUUAUGUGUGAUUUAAAAGAGUUAGAUGUGAUGUAAUCAGUUUACUUUUAUUUGAUUUUGUUUAUCAAUAUUUGGUUAUUUUUCUGGAAAUCUACCAGUUGUUAAUUCUUAAAUAUUCUAUAUAAUAGAUUAAAAUUAUGAACUUAUGAUACAAAUUUAACUGCAGUAUGUUGUUUGUAUAUCUGCACACAUGCACAACUAUAUCAGAUAUGAGUACCGGUGAUGCUUGAAGGAUUUGUGAUAUUUUUUUUCCUGGAAAUAUUCUAUUAUUAACUACCUGGUAGUUCUAUGCUUGAGAUGGGAGCAAGAAAUGUUUACACUCUUUUAGAAAUGUUCAGUAUUGUCUUAAAAGAUACAGCUUUUGUUAAUAGCCAGGCUGCUGUGCUUUUUGCAAAAUUUUAUGUACAAAAUUGGCAACAUUAUACCUACUAUAAGCUAUAAAUAGUAUAUCAAAAUUCCUCAAAACAAAUGGUGUAUGUAAUUGUCGACAGAACUACAUGUAUUAUCAUACAUAUUUGGUAUAUAAAUGACUUCACUAAAUGGUUUCAUCAGCUCUACUUGUCUGGAUAAGAUUUUCACCAUAAACUUGAUAUCUGAUUUAAUUGACCAUUUAAUGAGUGUCUAAUUAUAGAGUGCAUCUUUGGGCUUUUUAACUGUCUAACCAAGUCAUGUUAUUGGGAUGCAAGAGCCCAUGAUUAAGGCUGGCAUACAAUGUGAAUAGUUAGUUCUCACUCCUCUAGGUCAGGUGAUGGUAAACAAUUUGGGGAACAAAGUUCUUGAACACAGAUGGCAUUUCAUUGAGUAUCUCAUAGCAAGGUCCUCUUGAAUGCCCUUUAAUAAAGACUUGAUAAUUGACCAGGGGCUGUUUGCAACAACCAACUUAGAUUUCACUUAAUAUGAAGAUUAAAAUCCAAGUGUUUUGAUUGGACUGUAAAAAUAACUGGCCAAUGAACUGAAUGGAAUUACUGAGGCAUGUCCAAGGAAAAGGAUUAGAACGAUAUUUAAUAUGGCAUCUGGAGCCUUCAAAUACAUGUAUUGUAAGGACACCUUUAAUUUAGCAUUUCAUUGACAGAGUACAGUCUGGGACCAAUAACAAAUCCUAACCCCUGGUACAGCACAAAACAAAUUUAAUUUCAUAUAAAAACAGGUGUGUCUGGCCCCAAGCCCUCAAUUGUUAUGACCUACUACAAGCCUGUUAACUUGCAUCUUUCAAAUACAACGUGUCUUCAAGAGGUACCUUUCCAUUAAGGUUGAUUUUGGAGUUCUUUAUUAUUUUUUCCUGUAUUACCUGGUGAAAUGUUCUUAAGUUACAAUACUUUUAAACUAUUCUUAUGGCAGACAUUUAGUUAACAUUCUGUUGUUUUUUGUGGAUAUUAUGGCUUAUGCAUUGACAGUAAUCACAUUUGUUUUAAAUCACAAUUGUUUUAUAAUGCUAUAUUAUUCUUAUGAAAAGGUUAUGUUUUUAAAACAGUUGGUUCAAAUGUUUUUAACAGUAACUGCUUUGCGACUUUAAUUUCUCAUGUUAUUUUUAUGUUUUACAUCUUCUGAUGAAUUCACAACUGUUUCUAUUGAUUUUGCCUUUCUUCAGUCUUGUAAUAUAUAUAGUUUUAUGCAUAAAGACUUCACACUGAACAUAUUUUAAUCAUGUUACAAACAUUUAUUGCAUUUUUGUAUAGAAGACAUAUGUGUGAUGACUUGUUAUCAUAUCUUUGAUAAAAUUGUCACAUUGUAAAAUAAAAAUGUGAAAUUGUCACAGUUAACUGAUACUAAUUCAAAUAUUAAAUUAUCACUGUGUAACUACUGUGUUAUGUGAAUGUGGUAUUGUCACACUCUGGUAGGUUGAAAUGUGAAAUUGCCACAGUGUAGUUACUGUGGUUAAAAUGUGAAAUUAUGAAAGUGUAGUUACAUUGCAUUAGAUUAUGUUGUGAAAUGUCACAUUGUUAUUGUUUUGGGUUAAGAUGUGAAAUUAUCACAGUGUAGCUACUGUGUUAUGUUAAAAUGUGAAAUUGUCUAGGUGUAGUUACUGUGUUAGGUUAAAAUGUGACAUUGUAACAGUGUAGUUACUGUGGUAGGUUUAAAUUUGAAAUUGUCACAGUGUUGAUAUUGCAUUAGGUUAAAAUUUGAAAUUGUUACAGUGAAGUAAUUGCAUAAGGUUAAAAUGUGAAAUUGUCACAGUGUAGUUACUGCGGUAGGUUAAAAUGUGAAAAGUCACAGUGUAGUUACUGUGAUAGAUAAAUAUGUGAAAUAAUUGCAGUAUAGUUACUACGUUAAGUUAAUAUGUGAAAUUGUUACAGUGUAGUUACUCGUUAAAUAUGGUACUAUUCUUAAAAAUAGUUUCACCCUUUCCCACAUUAAACAAAUCUGCAACAGAUAAACAUGACAAAGCUUAAUUACUAAAAUUGUAUUUCUUGAAUAGUGCUUAAAACAUAGUGGCAAAAGGAGAGAUUACUCAUUAUGAGCAUUUUGAGCAUAUUCACCUUUUGUCACAAUGUUUGCAAAAGUCACCUGCUGUAAAGGGAUCAGAAAGCACCUAUAUGUGGGAAAGGAUUGAUGGAUUAUUGACUUGUUAUAAUAGUCAAUUUGUUCACUAUUCAUGCAUCAUUUCAUUACUGUAUCAGAGAAUAUGUGAUUGUGUUAAAUAUAAUUGCUGAAUACAUUAAGAUUGUCUUUUUCAUUUAAUGUGAAAAUGUGAAGGAAAUAUGCUAAUACUUGUAAAAUUGUUUUUAAUUAUAUUGAACUAUUGUUAUUAAAACACAAGUGCUGUAUUAUUUAAGGCUGGAGUUUACAUUUAAAUGUAUGUAGGUUCAUUUUGGGUUCAGUUCAUACUGUACCAUGCUGUUAUCUUGGGGAUGUUAUAAUCGUGUGCAGUCCUUUUUACAAGAAUCUUUGGCCAAAUUUUCAGUAUUCGCAACAAAAUAGAUUACAUACAAUAAUAUUUAAAGUCCAGCAAUUCUUUUGUACUCAAAAUGAUAAUUUGUAAGUAAUUUAAACCGUUUAAACUCAAUAAUCUGCACGCCUUUCACUCAAAAUUACAGGAUUCUAUGGUAAAACUUACCCUUUUAUGUUAUCUACUUAUACAUAAAAUAUACCUUCUAUACCGGUAAAUGUUUCGCAUUGUAAAUGUAUUAUAUCACUAUUCACCACUCAAGAGGCGGCAAAUCGCUGCUACACAGUGUCAAUUUAUUGCCCAAAAUGGCUUAUCAGCAAACAAAGUAAAAGGCUGUUAAGCCCAAUGGGCAAUGAAUGGACACAUAUUUUAGUUCACUGUGGCUGCUGCUACCUAUAGUUAUAUGUGUAGACUUGCUCAAUCCAUGUCAUUGCCAUGAACAUCAGUUGUUAUCAUUAAACUGUGGGUAUUGUAGCUUA